GAUAAGUUAUUCCAACGCUUAGUAGGGUUUCUCUCUCAAAUUGGAACUGGGCGUUAGGGUUUAGGAUUUCGAUCUCUGGAGACGCCAUGGCCAAGUACAAUGCGAUCCUCAAGGAGAAGAGGGCGAAGAAUCAAGAGCGGAAAAGGGCCAUUCAUGGCGACCCUGCAACGGGGAAGCUGAAGCAGAGGGCGUCGUCUGUCUCUCUUUCCGGUAAGCGCAAGAACAAGCUGCUGAAGAAAUGGCGCAGGGAUCAAAAGGAGGCGAUUGAGAAAGGUUUGGUGACAAUGAAUGAUGUUGAGAUGGCAAUAGCUGAUUCUGAAGGGACUUCUAAGAAUACCAGUGAGAAGCCUCCAAUGAAGUUCUCUCUUAAGAAAGCUUCAAAACUUAAAAUCAAGAAAUUAAAGCGCAAAGGCAAAGGCAAAGGUAAAGGCGAAAAAUCGGCAACUAAACCUACUGAAGAUGCCAUGGUGGAAUGAUGCUUCAAACCUAGUGAAGUUCAAAUUUUUGGUAAAAAGAAAAUCUUGUACAUCUUUGAAAUUGCACCAAACUGUUUUGCAUGUUCAACUCAGACCGGUUUUGUUCAGAAUUAGUAACCACUAAGUAGUCGAUGAGCAUCUUUAUAACAAUACGAGUGCUCGGUGUGAACGUAUAUCAGUGUGUUUGUGAUAGUUUUUUUAAGAGUAUUAUUUCAGUACUGUGUGUUUUAUCUCUAAUGAAUUGAUCUUUCCUUUCAA